AUGCUGUUCCUACACUGCACACGGCAUAUUGCCCAAGCCCGGCCUUCGCUUAGUCUCGCCUCGACCACGCCGCUGCUCCAGUCGACUCUUCGCCCUCUGGCCGCAUCGCAACCCGCACAAUCGCACGUCUCCCACACUACACCUCGUUCCACAUACCCGCUAACCAGGCAUCGCAGUCGCACAUUCUCAUUGCUGUCAUCUAGACGCCCAACGCUUCCCACUACCCCAACCUCGACAUUAUCACUCAACACCACCCUCGAGCUCCCAACUCUGCCAGCCGCCUCUACCACACUCACCCUUCUGCAGGCCAGAGGCCCCAAGAGAGACACAUUUGACCCCUCACACCGUGUGAGGAAGCGAAGAAGUGGUUUCCUUGCCCGUAUUCGCACGAGAAACGGUCGCAACCUGAUCAAGAGAAGACUUUUGAAGAAGAGAUCCACCCUCAGUCACUGA